AUGAGCGUGAAGUCGUGCGUGAACGUGGUGCCGGCGUCGAGACAGGGGCCGAGAGGACCGCCCGAGGCGCUGAGACCGUCGGCGUGCGCGGAGGCGGAGGCGCUGGGGGAGAUUCGGGAGCAGCGGGACAUGUUGAAGGCGUGCGCGCCGGCGUGCAAGGCGUCGUGCUCGAGGGCGAUCGCGGAGUACGACGAGGGACAGAGGAAGACGACGGGAUUUGGGUUAGAUGCCAAGGCAAAGGAGCGAGUGUUGAAAGCGUGCGUCGUGACGUGCGGGAAGGAUUGCGAAAAGGCGGGAAAGUCGUACGAUUACAUCAUACCGUUUCGAUUUUGA